UAGCCAGUUAGCGCGAAGAGGCGUGGCCUAACGAAGAGGCGUGGCCACACGAAGGCUUUUGGGGGUGAGCUAGACCCAGGCGUAGGACUCGCGGCCGGUAACAACAGGGUUUAGAAGCUCACAGAAGGUUCUGGAUCACCAGGAACGAAUCACGUGCAAAAACUAGCGAGUCGUCGCGUAAGGAGAAGGCUUCCCGACACUUCGGGUCCCUGCGACUCAGACAGGGGCGGGGCUUCGUGGCGCACGCGACGUCGGGGCGGGGCCGGCGCUGGCCAAGAUGGAGGCCAACGUGUUCCGGUUUCGAGAUGCCCGGGCCGCUCCGGAUCCGGUGCUGGACGCCGAGCCGGUGGCCUUCGGCUCGCAGCCGGUGCCCCUGGUGCUAGACAACGGAUCAUUCCAGGCUCGUGCCGGGUGGGCGUGCCCCGGGCCGGACCCGGGCCCCGAGCCGCGCCUGCAGUUCCGCGCCGUGUGCGCGCGCGGCCGUGGCGGAGCGCGCGGCGGGCCGGGCCCUCAGGUGGGCAACGCGCUGGGCAGCCUGGAGCCGCUGCGUUGGAUGCUGCGCUCUCCCUUCGAUCGCAACGUGCCGGUCAAUCUGGAGCUGCAGGAACUGCUGCUGGACUACAGCUUCCAACACCUGGGCGUCUCCUCGCAGGGCUGCGUUGAUCAUCCCAUAGUUUUGACAGAGGCCGUGUGCAACCCACUUUAUUCCCGCCAAAUGAUGUCCGAGCUCCUUUUUGAAUGCUACAGGAUCCCGAAGGUUGCCUAUGGGAUAGACAGCCUCUUCAGCUUCUACCACAACAUGCCCAAGAAUGCCCUUUCCAGCGGCCUCAUCAUUUCAUCUGGCUACCAAUGUACACACAUUUUACCCAUCUUGGAAGGAAGGCUAGAUGCCAAAAACUGCAAACGCAUCAAUCUCGGAGGAAGUCAGGCGGCUGGCUACCUGCAGCGGCUCCUCCAGCUGAAGUAUCCGGGGCACCUCGCAGCCAUCACACUCAGCCGCAUGGAGGAGAUCCUCCAGGAGCACAGCUACAUUGCUGAGGACUACGGGGCAGAAUUGCAGAAGUGGCGGUGUCCUGAUUACUAUGAGAACAAUGUCCACAAGAUGCAGCUGCCGUUCUCUAGCAAGCUCCUGGGCAGCACGCUGACGGCCGAGGAGAAGCAGGAGCGGCGGCAGCAGCAGCUUCGACGGCUGCAAGAGCUCAACGCCCGGCGGCGGGAGGAGAAGCUGCAGCUGGACCAGGAGCGGCUGGAGCGGCUGCUGUAUGUGCAGGAGCUCCUAGAGGAUGGCCAGAUGGACCAGUUUCACAAAGCUCUGAUAGAGCUGAACAUGGACUCCCCAGAAGAACUGCAGUCCUACAUACAGAAGCUCACCUUGGCAGUGGAGCAGGCUAAGCAGAAAAUCCUUCAGGCGGAAGCCAGCCUCGAGGUGGAUGUGGUGGACAGCAAGCCAGAGACCCCUGACCUGGAACAACUGGAGCCCUCCCUGGAGGAUGUGGAGAACAUCAAUGAUUUUGAGCCCUUGUUCUCAGAGGAAGCACCCGAAGUGGAGAAGCCGGUCACCACAGUCCAGCCCGUGUUUAACUUGGCAGCGUACCAUCAGCUGUUUGUUGGGACAGAAAGGAUUCGUGCUCCAGAGAUUAUUUUCCAACCGUCUCUCAUAGGAGAAGAGCAGGCGGGGAUUGCAGAGACCCUUCAUUACGUUCUGGACAGGUACCCAAAGGCCGUUCAGGAUACCCUGGUCCAGAAUGUUUUCCUCACUGGUGGGAACGUGAUGUAUCCGGGAAUGAAGGCUAGAAUGGAGAAGGAGCUGCUAGAGAUGAGGCCCUUUCAGUCCUCUUUCCAGGUUCAGCUUGCCUCCAACCCUGUGCUGGAUGCUUGGUAUGGUGCACGUGACUGGGCCUUGGAUCACCUAGAAGACAGUGGAGCCUGGGUCACCAGGAAGGACUAUGAAGAAAAGGGGGGCGAGUACCUCAAGGAGCACUGUGCCUCCAACACCUACGUCCCCAUCCGCCUGCCUAAGCAGGCCUCACGUGCCUCAGAGACCCAGACUUCCGGGAGAGGCUCUGGGGCCAGUGGAAGUGGAGCUGGUGAACAGGCCUAGCAGAGGGGACUCCGGGAUGGCUGUGCACUUCACCCAUGACAUGUAGGCAGCAUUUGGGACAAGGACGGCACCCACUUUGCUGCCCGAGGCCACCAGCUUUGUUUGGCUACUGACUGGAUUCCUCCUGGGAGCACAGCGGAGGACAUCAGGUGAUCUGCCUCAGUGAAGGACAGAGUGGCCUCUGGCGUGGAGAACCAUGGACGAGCUGGGGCUUUGCUUUCCUCAGCAGUGAGAGGAGACGGGUGGAGGCUAGAAGUGGACAGGCACAAGGUGUUUCUCUGCACUUGAAAGCCUUUGUUGUUUAAAAAUGCUCUAGAGUUCUCAGUG